UAGUAUAUCCUUGCACAUUUCCAAUACCUGGAAAAACUGGAAAUAUUUUGCAGCAGUUUGUGUGAAUUUCUGAGUCAAAACCCUAAUUAAUCUCAUCCUAUAGUUCUCCAAUUUUUUUUUUAUCAGUUCAAGUUAGGUAGAGCUUGAGUCUCCAAGAAAGCAUCAAGCAUGGCCACCCACAGCCUCUUCUCUGCAAAUUCACUUCACAAUAAACCUUCAUCAGGCACGCACAUCAAAGUUGAGGAGAAAUGGCUUGGAUUUACUGCACUUGAUAGAAAGCCAACGCAUCUGAAACUUUCAAAUGGAUGUAGAGCAAGAGCAGCUCUCAAUGCUGAUCCAAGAUCAAUUGAAAUCCCUCGUCAAUGGUACAACCUGAUUGCAGAUCUUCCUGUAAAACCUCCUCCUCCAUUGCAUCCCAAGACCUUUGAACCGGUAAAACCUGAGGAUUUGUCUCCUCUCUUUCCUGAUGAGUUGAUUAAGCAGGAGGCAAGCAAUGAAAGAUUCAUAGAUAUUCCAGAUGAAGUUCGUGAUGUAUACAGGCUUUGGCGCCCGUCCCCUCUCAUUAGGGCCAAGAGGUUGGAGAAGCUUCUUGACACGCCUGCAAGAAUUUACUACAAAUAUGAAGGUGUCAGCCCUGCUGGAUCACACAAGCCGAACACUGCAGUUCCACAAGUGUGGUAUAAUGCACAGCAAGGCAUCAAGAAGGUUGUGACAGAAACAGGAGCUGGUCAAUGGGGAAGUGCAUUGGCUUUUGCAUGCAGCUUAUUUGGUCUUGAGUGUGAGGUGUGGCAAGUGCGUGCUUCUUAUGAUCAAAAACCAUAUCGCAGAUUGAUGAUGCAAACUUGGGGUGCAAAGGUACACCCAUCUCCAUCUAACUUAACCGAAGCAGGUAGAAAAAUCCUACAAAUGGAUCCAUCCAGCCCAGGAAGUUUAGGGAUAGCUAUAUCUGAAGCCGUUGAGAUUGCAGCCAUGAAUGCUGAUACUAAAUACUGUCUCGGAAGUGUUCUCAAUCAUGUUUUGCAUCACCAGACAGUAAUAGGUGAGGAGUGCCUAAAACAAAUGGAGGCGAUAGGUGAAACCCCAGACUUUAUCAUAGGAUGUACCGGCGGAGGAUCCAAUUUUGCAGGGCUAAGUUUCCCGUUCAUCAGGGAGAAGCUGAAAGGGAAAAUGAACCCUGUAAUAAGAGCAGUUGAACCUGCAGCAUGCCCUUCACUAACUAAAGGGGUAUACACAUAUGAUUAUGGUGAUACAGCAGGGAUGACCCCACUAAUGAAGAUGCAUACGCUCGGGCACGACUUCAUCCCUGACCCAAUUCAUGCUGGAGGAUUGCGCUACCAUGGCAUGGCACCGUUGAUUUCACAUGUGUACGAACUGGGUUACAUGGAAGCAAUUGCAAUUCCCCAGAUUGAGUGCUUUGAAGGUGCUAUACAAUUUGCUAGAUCAGAAGGAUUGAUACCAGCGCCGGAGCCUACUCAUGCCAUAGCUGCUACCAUUAGGGAAGCACUGAAUUGUAGAGAAACUGGAGAAGCCAAAGUCAUUCUCACAGCAAUGUGUGGACAUGGCCAUUUUGAUUUGCCAGCUUAUGAUAACUAUCUGCAAGGAAAGCUGGUUGACUUGUCAUUUGAGGAGGAGAAGAUACAAGCAUCAUUGGCCAGAGUUCCCAGAGUAGGGGGUUGAGGUUGGGCCAACAAGUACAAUGAUGCAUUGGAUGUAAUUUUCCAUGCAUGGAAUGUUGUUACUCAGUUGAUCAUGGAUUGAUGACAAGUCAGAAAUUACAAAUUAGGAAAUUUGAAUUGUUCAAGAUAAAAAAUAAUUAGUGACACUAAGGAACACCAAUUUUUUAUAUUUUAUUUUAGUAACAAUUCAAGGACUAUCCAAUGGUCAUUAGAGAAUAAAA